AGUCUGGAGUGAACUCGAAGCUUCGGUGUUGGGGUUGCGUGACAUGGGCACGUGAAACGAAGUUCCGCGGCUGGAGUGACCUCAUAAUGUCAGCACAGCCCUAGUGCAUCUCACGCUCCUUCAUCUUUCCACCUCUACCCACGCGCACUCGAACCACCUACUUCGCAUCGCACGCAGUCAACCUUUGCGACAGAUCCAUCACCAUGGGUGCUCCCAAAUAUCAGAACGUGCCUCAGCGCGACUCGCUCGACGAGGCGGCACCCGCGUCGUCAUAUUCGCAGGCGCCACCCAGCUACCAGGCGGCCAACGACCCCCAAGAAGCCCUCCUCAGCGGCGUUCCCCGCGGCGAAAACGACAACCUGCCAGAUGACUUCAAAUUCGGCGGUGUUGUGGCAGAGGCGACGCUGGACAUCCGGAUGGCCUUUAUCCGCAAGGUCUACGCCAUCUUGACCGUCCAACUCCUCGCAACCGCCGCCGUAAGCGCCCUCUCGAUGAUGUCUGAAUCGUACAAGAACUUUAUCCAACAAACGCCAGCGCUCAUGUGGGUGUCGCUGAUCGGCUCCUUUGUCUUCCUCGGCCUCACCUUCUGGAAGCGCAAGUCGUACCCGACCAACCUCAUCUUCCUCGCCGGCUUCACCGCCAUGGAAGCAUACUCCAUCUCCGUCAUCGUCUCCUUCACCGACUCCAGGAUUGUGCUGCAGGCGCUUUUCUUCACGCUGGGCAUAUUCAUUGCGCUGAGCUUGUUCGCUUGCCAGAGCAAGUACGACUUCACACACUGGGCACCGUACCUUUUCGGCGCGUUGUGGGUGGUAGUGCUGUUCGGCUUCAUGUCCAUGUUCUUCCCCCACAGCAGCUCGGUUGAGCUAGGUUACGGCGUUGUCUGCGCGCUCAUCUUCUCUGGCUACAUCCUCGUGGACACGCAGAUGAUCAUGCGCCACUACCACGUUGAAGAGGAGAUUGCGGCGUCCAUCUCCCUCUAUCUCGACAUCAUCAACCUGUUCCUCGCCAUCCUGAGGAUCCUCAACUCGCAAAACAACAACUAGGCGGGAGGAAUGUAGCAGGAGCUUAGAUUCACUUGGGAGAAAUUGUACCGGCGUCAUGGGUAUCGAUAUCACUAUGCUGGGAGCGUGUGGGUCAAAGAGCUGGGUAUGGAUUAUCAUAGUCUAUCUGACUUAGCUGUAGUUGUAUAAUAUCAUUUUACACGUCCCUUCCGCAUCCAAAGUAUAACGACCAGAGAUCCAGCGAUUCGACGCUUCCAAC